AUGGCCAACGCCAUCGGCAAGGCUGCCAUAGCGCUGGCGGCACUCGUUGGAGUGUAUGGCUUGAUUCUUGGUGCGCUGAUGACACCUCGCUUGCAACGAUUCGCCUUAUAUGCCAACAAGAUCAACACCCUCUUCUAUCACGACAUCAACAACCCCGAAGAGUUCGGGUUUUGCGAGAACCAAGUCCAGCCAUUCAACAUCUCGACUCCUGACCGCGAAGUACUGCAUGCAUGGCAUGUCCUUCCCAUCGAUGUCUACACGCGGCACGAGAAGAACCUCAAGCUGCCGCCAGGCGACGAAGACUCCGCCACUCCGCUAGACCUCUUGAUAAAUGAUCCACAGGCUAGAGUGGUGGUUAGUUACCCUAUCCUAGAAGUCCAUGGUAACGCCGGCCACGUCGCCCAAGGCUGGCGUACAGACACCAUCCGCCAGCUAACAACGCUACCGCACACACAUGUCAUCACCGUGGACUACCGUGGUUUCGGCCAUAGCACAGGCUCACCGACAGAAGCCGGCCUGAUCACCGACGGCGUGGCUCUGGUCAACUGGGUUUUACACGUUGCUUACAUACCUCCGGAACAGAUUGUCCUCAUGGGUCAGAGCCUCGGAACUGCUGUAGCAAGCGCCGUGGGCUUGGAGUUCCUUGACCCAAAAAAUGCGCUACAUCCCGGCCGUCUUGGAGGAGCAGACGAAGCGUCGUUGCUCGCCAGUAGAGAUCUGAUCGAUCGAUCAACGGUGUUCGCAGGCAUCGUGCUUGUAGCACCAUUCGCCAAUCUUCCCUCGCUGAUGUUGACCUACCGCAUGGGAGGCCUCAUCCCUCUGCUUCUUCCACUGCGGCCAUUCCCGGCGUUGGCGAAGAUGCUGACGGAUAAUAUGGUCGACAAGUGGCCUACUGAGGAUCGUUUACGAGCCUACUACGAUGCGCUUAUUUCCCGGCCGGAGCUGCUGACAGCGCCAGAAGGAUACAGCAUGGGCUCCCUGCAGAUCAUCCACGGCUUCAACGACAUGGAUAUCACGUAUCGCCAGACCGAAAUGAUCUGUCGAAAUGUGCUUGGAGAGGGGGAGAAAUGUAUCAACGGCAGUAGCGGGGAGGCCGUCUACUCGGUGUCGGGAGAAGGACGGCCAGGGUUGAGGUUCGAGAUUUUUGGAUACGGAGGUAGGAAGACUUCCUUUUCUGCUGUUUAG